UCCUUCAAAGUGAUCAGGAUGUCGGCAAGUUGCGAAAUUACCAUCACCGGACCACAGGAGGCACAAACCAAGAGCAGCCUGAUCGUGGUAUCCAACCGGUUACCGUUCGUGCUCAAACGAGACCCCAAGACAGGAAAGCUUAGUCGUCAUGCGAGUGCCGGCGGAUUAGUCACAGCAGUUGCGCCGGUCGUGAUCAAGGGCAAGGGACUGUGGGUCGGUUGGUCCGGCAUCACUCUAAACGAUGCGAAAGAACCCAUCCCGGAGUCGGACCCGUCCGAUCACACACCAACCGCUGGGCUACUGUCGGAGCAGGUCGUCUCGGUGAACGUGGAACCGAAGCUGUUCGAUAGUUACUACAAUGGUUGCUGCAAUGGCACGUUCUGGCCACUGUUUCAUUCGAUGCCAGGGCGGGCAACGUUCUGUGCCGAUCACUGGAAAUCGUACUAUGAGGUUAACAAGGAGUUUGCUGCCCGUACGAUCGAAGCGUUGGAGAAAGCCGUCAACAACAACACGCACCCUGGUGUGCCUCUGAUCUGGAUCCAUGAUUACCAUCUUAUGCUGGCGGCCAACUGGAUCCGUGAAGCGGCGGAUGAAAAAAACCUCCCGUACCAGAUAGCAUUCUUCUUGCACAUUCCUUUCCCACCGUGGGAUAUCUUCCGACUGUAUCCUUGGUCGGAUGAAAUUCUGCAGGGUAUGCUGGCCUGUGACAUGAUCGGAUUUCACAUUCGCGACUACUGUCUCAACUUUGUUGACUGCUGUCAGCGAAAUCUUGGCUGUCGUGUGGAUCGUAAGAACUUGCUGGUGGAACAUGGUGGUCGUUCGGUACGUGUGCGUCCUCUACCGAUCGGAAUUCCGUUCGAUCGGUUUGUGGAGUUGGCACACUCGGCGCGCAAGGUGAUCAACACCAAUCAGAAGAUCAUUCUCGGCGUUGAUCGACUGGAUUACACGAAAGGUUUGGUGAAUCGACUGAAGGCAUUCGAAGUCUUGCUGGAAAAGCAUCCAGAGCAUCGGGAAAAUGUCAGUCUGUUGCAGAUUUCCGUUCCAUCCCGUACGGACGUUAAAGAGUAUCAAGAAUUAAAGGAAGAGAUGGACCAACUUGUCGGACGGAUAAAUGGACGCUUCACGACGGCAAACUGGUCUCCGAUUCGUUACAUUUACGGAUGUGUCGGACAGGAGGAAUUGGCCGCCUUCUACCGUGAAGCCUCCGUAUGUUUAGUCACGCCAUUGCGCGAUGGUAUGAAUCUGGUAGCGAAGGAAUUUGUUGCCUGUCAGAUCAAUGAGCCACCGGGAGUGCUGAUCGUGUCACCAUUUGCCGGUGCAGGCGAAACUAUGCACGAAGCCCUACUUUGUAAUCCGUACGAGCUGGAUGCGGCAGCUGAGGUGAUCCAUCGAGCCUUAACGAUGCCGGAGGAUGAGCGUACGCUGCGUAUGUCGCGUAUGAGGCGCCGUGAGAUGCAAAACGAUGUAAACAGCUGGAUGAGACAGUUCCUGAAGGCAAUGGGUUCGCUGGAAGAGGACGACAUUGGUACCACUACGAUGCAACCCGUCACUGUGGAUGACUUCGAUGACUAUCUGCUCAAUUACAUCGGUUACAACCACAAACUCGCCCUUCUAUUGGACUACGAUGGUACUCUAGCCCCGAUUGCUCCUCAUCCUGAUCUGGCCACACUGCCUCCGGAGACGAAAAAUGUUCUACAACGGUUGUCGAAUCAUUCGGAUGUUUAUAUCGCCAUUAUCUCGGGACGUAAUGUGGAAAACGUCAAGCAGAUGGUUGGCAUCGAAGGCAUUACGUAUGCGGGUAAUCAUGGAUUGGAAAUUCUGCAUCCUGAUGGAAGUAAAUUCGUACAUCCGAUGCCUAUCGAGUACGAGGAUAAAGUCAGUGGACUGCUCAAGUCGCUUCAAGAUUCAGUGUGCGGUGACGGCGCAUGGGUUGAGAACAAGGGACCGCUUCUGACGUAUCACUAUCGUGAAACUCCUGCCGAGCUUCGUCCCGCCAUGGUGGAAAAGGCCACGAAACUCAUCAUCCAGUUCGGAUUCCGUGCUGCGGAAGCACACUGUGCAAUUGAGGCCAAGCCGCCGGUACAGUGGAACAAGGGUCGUGCCUCGAUAUACAUCCUCCGGACGGCGUUCGGUGUGGAUUGGAGUGAGCGAAUCAAGAUCAUCUACGCUGGUGACGAUAUGACGGAUGAGGACGCCAUGAUGGCUCUCAAAGGUAUGGCGGCAACGUUCCGUGUGACAAACUCGCAAAUCAUCAAAACUUCCGCCGAAAGACGUCUACCAUCUACCGACUCUGUGCUGACCAUGCUGAAGUGGGUCGAGCGACACUUUAUGCGCCGUAAGCCACGUGCCAACAGUCUUACGUAUCGGGGCAAGAAGAAGGAUAGCGUCAAGAUGCAGAUGGCGUUCGAUUUGGUACCGAAUGCGAGUGCCGCAAACAGUGCGGCCAGCAGUUCCGACGAGCGUGAUUAAGUAGAGCGUUACUGCACAUCUCCCAUUUUGUGC